CGUUAUUCGUACAAAAUAUUUCGAGUGAUGAGGAUGUAAAUCAAAUAUUUAUUUACGUACUCGAUAUAAUAAAUUCAGAAGUUGAAUUCUUAAUUUGCAAGCAUUAUACUAAAUGUCAAAUAAGUCUUUAGUACUUUUUCAAAAUAUUCUCGUUGCCUUAUAAGUUGGUUUUCUGUGUUUCAAGUUCUUAUUGCUCAUUCAAUGUGUUGUUAGCAAAGAUCUGUGUGAGGAAAUUAGAAGGGUUUGCUAACGAAGUAUUUUUCCCUCGGGACCACGGAGACGCUCAGCUAAACAGAAGUUUGUAUGCGUUGAUGAUUAACGCUACGGAAGUCAUUGACGACGUUGCCAACGGCAUGUAUGCUGAUCGUUGCCAGUGGCAGACAGCCAUGUUCGGGCACCGUUUUAGUGUAUCGCGAACGUCGUGCCCCGGACAGGAUAAUGGCAGUAUCGUUAACGUCCUCCGGAAUUGGUUGCGGACCCAUGAAGAGGCCCAGGUAACAGCGCGGGUGAUGUUAGCCAGUGUCCUGGUAGUAGUCGGUCUUUGGUGGCUUGUGCGAGCGGUCCUAACGCUACUGAUAAACUUGGUCUGUCCUUUGUUGGUCGUAAUAUUGGCUGUGGUAUGCGUCCCUCAGCUUCGCGCACCACUGCUAGGUCAAAACUACCCCGUGCUAGCUAAUCUCCUCCGAACCAUACUCCUGAAAAUGGCCGAAAACAUCAAAACGUGAAAUGUAGACAUGCUGUCAAAGUGCUAAGUUUGAAAUCGAAAUUAUACGCGAUACGUUAUUUAUA